AUGUAUCUAAGUAAAGAAAAAGUAACAUGUUUUUAUUGUGAUUGGAAUGGUCAUAAAGACAAGGCGAAAGAUCAUUGCAAAAAACACCAUCCUGGUAAAACAUUCAAAUUAAAGAUUGUUGAAAACAACAUGGAAAAAUUGUUUCAAAAGCAAAUAAAUCGCGAAACAGCAACAACAACAGAUGUUAUUAAUGAUGAUAUACAAGAACAAGAGGAGCAGUGUUCUACUGUUGUCUCUCCGUCGCUAUCUUCAUUAAGUAACUUUCAUGUAUCACCUUUUCCGUCAACUUCUAUUUGUACAAGUCCAACAACAAAUUCAGUUUCGGAUCAAUUAGCAUUAGUGAUGGAACAAUUAAAAAAAAUGAGAAAUGCAAUUGAUCAAAUAAGUUUAGAAAAAACAAAGGUUCAAUUAUCAUCAUCAUCUUCGGAAUCAGAUGAUUUAGAACAAAUGUUUCAAAAUAUCACAUGUUCUAAUAACCUAUAUAUGCUAAAGUAUUUAGAAAUAAAUAUACAAUUAAACCCAGCAUUUGGUGUAUUUGAGUAUGUUGAACAAGAUCCACAUCAGAUUCAAUCCCAACGAUUCAGAAGUUUGAAGAGAAAUUUAAAAUUACAUUAUGAAAAUAAACUUCAUAUGUGGUGUGUUGAAGAAGACGAAAAAGUCAAACAAGAAUUACAUGAUUUUAUUAGAAAAAAUAAAAAAGCUGGUUUCAGUAUUGGUAGAGCAGCGUUAUUUUGCAUUCAAAAUGAUUUAGAUGGUCUUAAAUUUGUGCACACAUGGAAUUUAUUGGAUCUAUGUGGUGCUUCUAUUGGAACUUAUAGACAUAAUCGAUGGUUUUUUCAAGAACUUCGAAGUUCAAUGGCUACAUCUAUGAAACAAAGAGUUAUGGAAUAUUUAACAUCAGUCGAUCCAAUUACACGACAACAACGAUCAAUAGGUAUUACAUUUGAUAAAGUAACAUUGUUAAAAAGGUCUUUGCAAGUGACAAUGCUUGUCAUAAUGAUUGAUGAACAAUUAACACCUAUUUAUUUAAAAUCAUCUUUAUGUAAAACCGAAUUAUCAGGUGAAGAAUUAGCUGCUAAUUGUGUUAAUGUAUUAGAAUCAUUUGGUUUAACUAAAUCUAUGUUACAGGACAAAUUAACUGGUGGUGCUGUCGAUGGUGCCUAUAUUCAUAUGAACAUAAAUGAGCAUUUAUGUAAUAAUAUAGGGAUUCAACAGAAUUGGUUAACAAUUUCAUGGGAUGUUGCUCAUUUAUUGGAAUUGGCAAUUGAUGAUACACAAAACCAAAAAAAAUUUAAUUGGUUACAAAUGGUCAUUAAAACUUGUGCUGAAGUGAUGAAAAAGUAUUCGUAUGGUAAACAGUAUGAAUUUCUUAUUCAAGCAGCAGAAGAGAUACAAGAAGAUAUUUUACAACCUAAACAAUUUCACGUAACUCGUUUCGUCAGUUCUCAGUUACGUGUUUAUGAAACAAUAUUGAGAAACUGGAAAACUUUAUAUGUUUUACAAGAAAAAGAUGAUGUAAACAUGGCAUUAAGUCAUGGUGAUAUUAGUACAAGAACGAGACAAAAACUUGAUGCUCAACAAAAACCAGGUGAUAAAGAUGUUGAUAGUGUAGCGGUAAAUGAAAUCGAAAUAUUUUUGUUUCCAAAACUACCUUUUAUUUUUAGUCGAGACAAAUAA